AUCUCUCACUUCUGUCAAACUUCAGUGUACUAACUAGUGUGUGUCACUGCACCUCAUGCUUUGUUUGCUACAGACAAAACAUCUUCUCUGGUCUUAUUUUAGCUCACACUGAAGUUACAACAUGAGUCUGCGCAAGUUCACAUUAAAAUGGUUCGGGAGCCUCACCAACCUGUCAUUCCGCCGCUCCACUGACAAGUCUGAGCCAGAGUCUGGAGGAGGCAGUGUGUCCUUUGAUGGAGACAAAGCAGGACUGGACACAGUGCGGGAGUCCACGGCGGACGACCUGGAGGCCAUGCGUCCUCGAACAGCCAGCUAUGUGAGGUCCAGUGAGGGCUACAGUCAUGUAGGCACACUGCCGCGACUGCUCAGGAAGAAGAGGGUCAAGAGCAAUAAAGAGUGCCCCAGCAGCAGUAAGAAGGCUAAAGACAAGUACAGCCUUGGCAGAAGUCAAAGCCAGCGCCAUGAUCAAGAGCACUGCCACGAAAAGAUAAGGGACAGUCCCACCACAGAGACCACACCAGAGGAGGGGACACCUGGAGCUGACCCUGGAGCCAAUUCUCCACCAGAUCCAAGUCCAACCACUCCAAAUGAAGAUACAGGACAAAAUAGUGCCACAGACCUCCAACAAGACUCCCCUGAAUCUGUAUCUGAGAAGUUGUCUCCCCCUAGUGGCUCCAGCGCUGACGUACAAACAGACACCUGCAAAACAACAAAUCAUGAAAAGCGAGAAGAAAUAGAUUUUGAAGAGAAAACAUCACCUGGAUCGUGUAGCUUAGUUGUAUCUGUCAUCAGUGAAGAAGACAAGGAGCACAAGCCCGACAUCGUAUGUGACCAAACGAAACAAUCACCAGAAAGGGAAAAGGACGCGAGCCACAUGGAGUCCACUGAGUGUCAGCCUGAAUAUGUCCUGUUCUCAAAGGAGAAGUACCUGCUAGAGUCUCCCCCUGAGAAACUGCGCAAAGAGCUGGAGGAAGAACUGAAGCUGAGUCCUGCUGACAUCCGGAGCCAUGGCUGGUACCAUGGACACAUACCCAGAGAGGUAUCGGAGACACUAGUUGUGAGGAAUGGGGACUUCCUUGUGCGAGACUCUCUGACCAGUGUGGGAGACUAUGUUCUGACAUGUAGAUGGGACAACGAGGUUCUUCACUUCAAAAUCAGCAAAGUCUUAGUCAAAUCUACUGAAACAAAGGUGCAGUAUGUGUUGGAGUCAGACAGUUUUGACUCAGUCCAAGAGCUGGUCAGGUAUUACAUUGGGCAGCGUAAAGUGGUUUCCCAAUCUAGCGGGGCCCACAUCUACUGUCCUGUCAGUCGGACACUCCCUCUGAGGUAUCUGGAGGCCACCUUCGCCCUGUCCAAUAAGCAGGGCUCCGCCUACUCCCCCACCAGCCAGAGAGGCUCUUACAUCAAGAGAAGGAGUGUGACUAUGACUGACGGUCUGACCACAGAAAAGAUGAUACCUCACAGCCCGUCCACUAUCCACCACCAUAAAGAUGCAAUGCGCAACUGUGCCAUGAGCAUGGACCAGAUCCAAGAGUACCGCUGCCCACUUUCCCCAGUUGGAGAAACACCCAUGUCUCCAGCAUACACAGCCAUAACCAGGCAAAGAUGUCAUUCAGGGGGGCGUGCCCUGGCAGUAGUCCCGCCCUCUCCUGUACUGCGCCGUUCCAGCGAUCCACAGCUCAGUCCUACUGCCUGUAACAACCCACCUGAACACCCCGCCCACACCUCUCACUCUACUCACUCCUCGCCCGCCCACCACCCCAACUACCAAACACAUUCCUCCGAGACAGCUGGCAGCUACUGUGACCUCAGACCGUGUGCCCCACCCAAACCUCCCACCAAGAGCUACGUAGAGAGGCUACGAGUGGAGGAAGGGAGAGAGGAGGGGGUGAGGGCAGAUGGAGAGGGGCUGUUCAGUGCACCGCAGGUGGAGAAAGCGUCUUCAUUCAGGCCAUCCAGGUUUGAGUCAUGCCUUUUACCACUGGAGAACAAACCUCUGGAGAUGACAGUGCUGAAGAAGGUCAAAGAGCUUCUGGCUGAGGUGGACGCUCGGACUACAGCUAAACACAUCACUAUGGUGGACUGCAAGGUUGCAAGAAUAUUAGGAGUCACUGCAGAGCAGCAAAGGAUGAUGGGAGUGUCCUCUGGGCUGGAGUUACUGACCCUGCCUCAUGGACACCAGCUCCGACUGGACUUGUUGGAGAGAUUCUACACCAUGUCCAUAAUGAUGGCGGUGGAUCUGCUGGGCUGUACGGGAAGCACAGAAGAACGGGCUGCACUGCUCCAUAAAACCAUCCAAUUAGCAGCGGAGCUCAAGAGCAACAUGGGGAACAUGUUUGGGUUUGCAGCUGUAAUGAGAGCCCUGGAGCUUCCACAGAUUUCACGUUUAGAGCAGACAUGGAUGACGUUACGGCAGAGACACACAGAAGGAGCCAUUUUGUAUGAGAAGAAACUCAAGCCUUUCCUAAAGAACAUCAACGAUGGCAAAGAGUCCAGUGUCCUGUCCAACACGACAUUCCCGCACAUCAUUCCUGUCCUGUCUUUACUGGAGAGGGGUGUGGCUCUGGGGGAGGGGCUGGAGGCCUGGGAGAGUGCGGAGGUGGGGGUCGACGUGGUCAUGCAUCACCUGGAAGCAGCAAGGACCAUUGCUCAUCAUGGAGGCAUCUACACAAGCAAUGUUGACACCAAACUGCAAGAGUUCCAGGAGAAAGCAGAAAUUGGUGAAAUCUUUCAAACCGAGUUUCAAAUGCGUCUUCUGUGGGGAAGUCGUGGCUCUGAGGGCAGUCAGUCAGAGCGCUAUGAGAAGUUUGACAAAGUCCUGACCGCGCUGUCACACAAGCUGGAGCCUCCUGUCCGUCACAGCGAGCUAUAGCACCUGCCCUUCCCUUUCAUACUGUCACCACUGCGCCCUGUGUGAUCCCUAUGGACACUCAACACUGGACUGGUUUCUGCUCUGCAUCUGCAAAGAGUGGACACCUGCAGAGACGUUUAGAGAGGAGUAAGUUAAGAGGCAGCUAGAGCUUGUGAUAUGAGCAAUAGACCCUGAGGAGAUGGACUUGUAAUAAUCGUGUUGCACUCACUGUGCACUCCUUUAAGGCACAGAUCUGUUUCUCUCUGUGGACUUCUUUCACUUAGUGCAAAAUAAUGAAAAGCAGCAGGGAUGAUGGACAGAGUGAGAGGGAGAAACAGUCUUUUGUGCUUGGUACAAACUGUUACAUGUGUCUGAGUGAUGCUCCAAAGCAGCACAGAACGCUGUUGUUUGAACCCACUGCUGUCACGCACUGUAGCAGAUAAGACAAUAACGUACAUAGCUCAUAAGAGGUGUUUUGUGAGUGUGAAUGUGUGUGGAUGUGUUUUUUAUGUAUGUUUACAUUCCUACUUUUUCUCCCAUCAAUUCUGUCUGUGCUUUUUAGUCUUAUUUAUAUAUUUUUUUUGUUUUUUUUUUAAAUGAAAUUACCAAUUUGGACAUUUACACAGCUGCCUCAUCUGUCAGUGCUCAUUCAGAGUGAAUCGACUUCAUAAAACUCCAUUAAAUAUGUAUCAGACAGUCCCAUUGAAUAUCAUCAAAAAUGUAUUAGGCAUGCAUUAAUAAAUGUAUCAGAAAUGAAGCAUUUAUACUACUAAUGCAGCAACAUGGUUGUGGGGGCUUUGCAAGUUGUUAAAAAUAUUAAGACAAAGAAAUUUUUCUUUGUUGUAUUUCUUACUAACAACACAUUGCAUUUUCUUGCUUGUGGCUAAAGCAAUAUUUCAGUGUACAACCUUGUAUUCACAGAAUGUGAAAUAAAAGAAAAUGUACUUGUAUGAUCCCACACAACUUGCAAACUAUAAUAUGAAACAUGCUUGUCUCAAGACAAGGUUAUGGUUACCUUGAGGACUAUGGUUUGUAUUCAGGUGGAAUGUUGCUUUAAACUACUUCUUUGUGUGUUCGUUUUGAACAGCUCUUGCCUUUUGGCUUUUAAGUGAAGGCUUUCCAAAAUGAUCAAUAAUUUUAUUUAUAGUUGAUUCUGAUCUGAUCUCACUCAUUUAUCAUCGUUUGACUGCAUUGUUCUGUUUCAGCAUUUGUUUGAAAAUAGCCAACACUGUACAAUCACUUUAACCAAAGGGCUCUGAUCCCUGAAGACCACAUGCAAUCCUCAUUAGUUUAGGAAAUUAUUGUGUUUUAUAUACUCCCCCCCCCCCCCCAAAUUUAUUUAUGAUAAACCAGUCAAUUGUUAAAAGGCCCAAUUUGUAUAGUUAUAAAUUGCAAGUCUACUGCUAUCAUCACUAUCACUUGAUAUGGUAGUUUGCCAUUCACUUAACCUAUUGAAUUCGGAUUCUGCAGAAGGCAAGUAGAAAUGGUGUCAUUUCCAUUUCUCCCCAGUAGAGGGCGCCCUGUAGUUAGAAAAGAGUAAGCCCACGAUUGUAAUUGAGUGGUGGCUGCACAAUGCGUUCUUUUUUAGAUGGGGAAGGUUUGAACUUUGUUAUGACAAUGGUAAUAAUGUAUUUGAUGCUGAAAUGUUUGUUUUGAUCUAUCCUUUGAAUGCUGUUUGCUCAAAAGUGCUCAGACAGGACUGAAUGAUAGAAACCUGAAAAGCAAAAAAGACAAAUGAUAAAAUACUGUAUGUCAUGUUUUUUAUGUACUGUAAAUAGCAAUUCACUUUUUAAAAUAAAAUGAAUGCCAAAA